ACCGCGCGGACACCGGCUUCUAGGAGGGGCGGGGAGAAAAGAGAUCACGUGGUGAGGAGAAGCCACUUCCGAAUAACGUGAGCUGGAACCGGAGUCACCGGAGAGAGGACUUCAGCAAAAUGAUUAUCCCCGUCAGAUGCUUCACAUGUGGGAAGAUUGUUGGAAAUAAGUGGGAGGCUUAUCUUGGACUACUGCAGGCAGAAUACACUGAAGGAGAUGCACUGGACGCUUUAGGCUUAAAGAGGUACUGCUGUCGCCGUAUGCUUCUGGCUCACGUGGACCUGAUAGAAAAGCUUCUAAAUUAUGCACCACUGGAAAAAUGAGGAGGCCGCAUCUUGGAUGUACAUUCCGUGAUUAUAAGAAAUCUCACGCUAUGGGAUAUCUUUACACUGACCACACUUGCUAGCACAGUUCAUACACAAGGAGAUUUACAGAAAUAUUCUGGCAUUUUCCAAACUGUAUACACGAUACCAAUUUUUUAUUUUUUUUCUACUAAUAAAGACGAGUUUUGUUAUAAAUA